UUUGUGAAAGAAUUACAGAAGUCAGAAUACUAUUCUCUCUCUCACACACACACACACACACACAAAUGUGGUUUUCUUCUUCUGUAGAUCUCAUCACAGCUGGAGUUCUUUUAAAUGUGAAGGACGGUUCCAUUUUUUUAUAUAUGUAUGCAAAAGAUGUGUGCGCGCGCGCGUGCCAGAGAGAGAGAUGCACAUGAAGAGACACAAGGGGCGCCGGAGAUGCUUCUGUUUACAGUUUCCUAUGAUUGAAAAAAUGAAAGAUCUAAGUAACACCCAUGAUGCACUUAAUGAGGGGGUUGACUUGUGCAUAUAAUAUUAUCAUGGAGAAACUAACUUAAUGAGGGGGUUGACUUGUGCAUAUAAUAUUAUCAUGGAGAAACUAACAUCUUACUACAAACUCUAUAAAUUAACUACUUUCUCUGAUAGCUUCCAAGUCACUCUUACAAGAGUACAUAGAUUGGGCACCCUAGAUCUUCUCCCUCCCCAGUUAAGAGUGUUGGUGUUCUUAAUUUCUAAAUCAUGAGCACUACCACCCACACUUCAUUCCUCAUCCUCUUCCUGGCUGUUUCCUUGUUUGCCAAGUCCAAUGCUGAUCCCUACGACACCACACAGCCACCACCGCCUCAAGCAGUUGCAGGGAAGGAGUUCCCCCAGUCAUUCUCUUGCAAUGACCCACUCUCUAAAUGUUCCGGUAAGGAAAUUUCUUGCCCCAAACAAUGCCCAUCUUUCAAGCCUUCUGACUCCAAGAGUAAAGGCUGCUUCAUUGACUGCAACUCCAAAAACUGUGAAGCCGUAUGCAAGAGUACGUAACUUCUCCCCCAAUCCCCAUCUAUUGUGUGUGUGUGUGUGUGUGUGGUUUUUUUGUAUCAUUUCUUCUUCUUUUCUCACUCACUUGGAAUUUUUUUACAGCCCGCAGGCCGAACUGUAAUGGGAUUGGAGCAGCAUGUUAUGACCCCAGGUUCAUUGGAGGGGAUGGUGUGAUGUUUUACUUCCAUGGCAAGACAAAUGAGCAUUUCAGCUUAGUGUCUGACCAUAACCUCCAAAUAAAUGCUCGCUUCAUUGGUCGUCGGCCACAGGGAAGAUCGCGUGACAACACAUGGAUUCAAGCGCUAGGACUUGUGUUUGAUUCCCACACCUUCACAUUGGCUGCCAACAAGGUUGCAAAAUGGGACGAUGAAGUUGAUCAACUCAGCUUCAGCUACAAUGGUGUGCCCAUUUUCCUUCCACAAGGUCACCUCUCUACUUGGGCUGCCCCGGACAACCGGCUUGUGGUAGAGAGGACCACGAGUUGCAAUAGUGUUACCGUGAAAGUACCUGGAGUUGUGGAGAUGUCUGCAAAUGUUGUCCCCAUAACGAAGGAGGAUGACCGCGUACACAAUUAUCAGAUACCAUCUGAUGACUGUUUUGCACACUUGGAAGUGCAGUUCAAGUUUUUGCAUCUCUCCAAGAAGGUUGAUGGCGUGUUGGGUCAGACUUACCGGCCUGAGUUCCAGAGCCCGGUGAAGAGAGGUGUGCCAAUGCCAAUCAUGGGUGGGGAGGACAAGUUCAAGACAUCUACUCUCGUAUCAGCUGAUUGUAAGUACUGCAUUUUUGGGGUGGAUGCUUCGGAUUCUGCUAUAAAGUCACUGGUUUUGGAUGCAGACACGACGAUGGAUUGCACUAGCAAGAUGAGCAAUGGCCGUGGAUUUGUUUGUCGUAGAUAGAAAAUUUUAAAAAUCAAAUGGUCAACAACAACUACUGGGAUUGCUUAGAGUCGAUAUGGUUUUUCAUUGUAGUAAACUUUGAGUGAAAAAUAUAUUCUUCCAGUUGAUUUUGUCAUGCUUAGAUUCAAAGUUGAGUUUAAUAUAUUCAGUGAAUAACAAAUCCUUGUAUUUACGCAA